AUUUUUAUUUUUUUUAUAACAAUAAUGUGUUCGUCUUGAAUUCAUACGAAUGCGCUCGCGCUGCCACCACGGACUGCUUCCUAGCGCCACUGGCUGCAACAAGCUCUAUCCUAUCGUGCUUUGAUAUGUGUCUGGGCUAAGUUAACGGAUGGAAGGCUGACAAACUCCUAUCUGUCCUGGCCGGCUGCCUCAGCUAAGAGAUCGCCAUGGACCAGUUUCUCUCAGCCUUGAGAGAAAGGGGUGUUCCUGAGGAGAACCUGGCAAGAAUGGCAGAGGACAAGAUCGAUCAAGACAUUGUAAAGUUCCUUGGAGAAGACAAACUCUCUGCUUUUAUUCCUCGAUAUGGAGACCGUGUGUUUGCCAGAAACUGGAAGGAGUUAUCCUCAAGUGAAAGGAUAGAGGAUACAGAGCAAAGGAAACAUACUUUGAUAAAUAGACUAAGAGAGAAGAUGAAACUUCCAUCCACUGCCACAGCAACCAGCAGCUUUAAAUCUAAGCCUACACUUCUUGGAAAUAAGAACGCUGAAAAGAAGACAAGGAAAAUUGAACUUGGCUGGUUGAACUACCAAGAUUCUAUGUACAAACAAGUUAGAAGGCCUACUGGUGGUGGAACAAGAGAGAUAGUUGUAAGCAAAGAUGAUACUGUAUCCACAAUUAUUGAAAAAGGGAAAACCCUUUUUUUCCCCAAUGGUACAUCGAUGAAAGGAAAAUUAGAGGACUUUGAGGUCAUGCUUUCUGUCAUUGGUUCUGAUGAGCCCCUUGAGGGUAGCGUCACAGUUGGAAGUUUGUUAGAGCAAACUAAUUACAAGAUCCUCAGACUAUACCUCUGUACAAAGCCAAAAGAUUGUAGUGAUUCUGAGCUUAGUGAUGAAACAACAGACAUGCCCUUUUCACCUGACACAUCCAACACAAUUGGGUCAGCUAAACAUCCAUCCUCAUCCAGCCCAUCACUGCUCUCCCCUACUCCUGUCAAAAGACCUCGGUACGGCAGUUGGAGUAUUCCCAGUGCUACCUCAACACUCCACACAACUCCUGCUUCUCAAACAUCAGUCCAGCCUCUUAUAGAUCUAUCCAGUGAUGAUGAAGUUAUUGUAUAUGAAUAUAACACCAACAUGCCUUGUGAACUUGUCGAUGGUCUUGCAGACACACUGAUAUACUCACCUCUACAUGUCAAUACCACAAUAAGUCCAGAUUCCUUGCCAGUUAACAGCCAACAAGAAAGUGGCACAAACACAGUCUCAGAAAAUCAAAUAGAAACAGUAGUGGUAGCUGAGAUGGAAGAAGCUAUUAUUGACUUUGUGGAUUCUGAGCAGGCUUUAAGUUCCACCAGCACGAUGGCCACUGAUUUCUUUGAAAAUCCAGAGAAUAUAGUGGAGAAGCAAGUCAUUGUGAUCCGCAAAACACAGUGUGUUGUGGACAUGAUUAAAGCAUUUACAGACGACUUCAUACUGGAUGCUAAUAUUUCAAUCAGGCGUGUGCUUGAACGUGGUGAGGUUGAGGCUGGAGUUGGGAGUGGGGUCACCAGAGACUGCCUCACUGAUUUCUGGGAUAUGUUUUAUGCAACAAAGACCUGUGGAACCAACUACAAGAUCCCAAUUUUGUACCACAAAUUCCAAGAGAAAGAGUGGACUGCUGUUGCUCGCAUCUUGGCCUUUGGAUGGCAGAAAUUUCAGCUCUUUCCAGUCCAACUUGCCCCUCCGUUCCUUACAGAGGCGCUAUCUCUCUCCUGCUCAGACAAUCUACUGGAUGCUUUCUUUAACUAUAUCAGCGCAACUGAGAAGGAUGUGCUAACUGAGGCCAUUAGCAACUUCAAAGGGGCAGAUAUGGAUGAACUCCUUAGCAUACUCAGCAGUCACAACUGCUGUGUACUCCCAACUGAGGAAAAUCUACAGAGUCUUGUGGAGGAAAUAGCCCACAAAGAGAUGGUACAAGAACCAGCAUUUAUCAUAAAGUGUUGGAAGCCAAUUCUCAGGUCUAUUGGAGAAUCCAUGAGUACGGAAGGACUGAAGAAGAUUCUAGAUGAUCUCAAACCCAAGGCAAGAAACAUUACCAAAACCAUCAAGUUUCCAGAAUCUAUGUCACUGGAAGAAAAAAAUACCUCAAAUCAUCUAUUGAGAUUUGUAAGAGAAAGAGAUGAGAAGGAGCUUGGCCUAUUCCUUAGGUACUGCACAGGGUCUGACUUGUUCCUAUCUAAGACCAUUAAAGUCACAUUCACAGCAGAACAGCCACAGUUCGAAAGGGCACCUUUGGCUCACACCUGUAGUUGUUCUUUGGAACUGGCAUCUAACUACAAAAACUAUGCAGAUUUUAGAACAGAAUUCAUCUCUGUGUUGAAGAGUGGAGUGUGGGUAAUGGAUUUGGCCUAAUAAGGCUUUGUUUGCUUAGACAGCAAAUUAAAAACUGCACACACAUUUUGAAGGUUAGCAGCGUUAUCUUUUAUAAAAUCCACAAGUUCUAUAUGUGGAGAGCAGAUGCAUUGUCAUAGUAGAAGGAGAUUGAUUUUUUUUUUUCAAUUUAUGAUCUCUUUAAAAUUCAAUUCUGACAGCUGACAGGGACUGUGGGAAAAAAAAUCACAAAACAAUUUAAAUGUUACAAUGUAUUCUUGGACAAGUUGUGUGUAAAAACUGGCCAACUGUUUGUGGUUGAUGUUUUUCCAUUGUUGUUAAAAUUAAACUAGGGCUGCAUAAUGAUUAAUCGGGAUUAAUCUAGAAUAAAAGUUUUUGUUUACAUCAUAUAUAUGUGUGUACUGUGUAUAAUAACGUAUAGAUAAAUACACACACGUGCAUGUAUAUAUUUAAGAAAUGUGUACAUGUGUAUAUACAUUUGUAUAUUUAUGUAUACAUUAUAUUAAAUAUAAAUACUUAAUGUAUAAAUAUAUAUUCUUUCUUAAAAUUAUACAUGCAUGUGUGCAUAUUUAUAUAUACAUAUUUAUUAUAGACAAUUCACACACAUAUACGAUGUAAACAAAAACUUUUAUUCGGCUAUGGAUUAAUUCCGAUUCAUCGUUAUGAAUCCCUAAAUUAAACCUAAAAAUAGUUCAUAAAUUACAGUGUAAAGCUAUGCAGAUCUUCAAACCUGGAAGAGUUAUAUUGCCAGUAAUGUUCUAUGUUGUCAGUGUCAAAUGUGCUAUACAUAUACAUUUUAACCACACUUAAAGUAAUAUUUGACUUAGAACUAGUUUCAGUAGUCUUACCUGAAAAACUCAAAAUCUUACAAGGAAAUCUUGUAGUUUGUACAAUUAUUUUGUUUUGAUUAAUUUGAUUUAGAAUACCCACCUCCAUAGGACCCUGCACUUUCCCGGGUCCAUGUUCAUGUUAUUAAAAUGAAGGCACAUGUUACUUAAAUGAAGGCACUGGCUUAUGAGUUUGCAAUGUUUGCAAAUAAAAUGUUUCAUAAAUUAAACUAUGUCAACUGUU